UGGUUUAUAUUUUAUUCAUGAAAACCAAUUUACUCAUGUGAUACUGAUUCACAUCAUAUUCAUUUAACUAUAUAUGUAGAUGUGUAUUUCAGUCAUUCAUGCAAAUCUUGCAAACAUUGCGAAAUAUUUAAAUUGAACUUUAACCGGAAGAUAAUUAUGUACUAUAAAGAUACAGUAUAAUCAACUACAUGGUUAUCUUAGCCUGUUCAUUUGUAUCUUGUGAUAAAAGUUUUAUUAACUAAUUCGAAAAGCUAACAUUAUAAAUGGAUGAGAAGAAGCCUUUGUUAGGAGCGAACGCCGGGAUGAGUCAAGGCUUUGUAGUGAAUCCCCCUUCCCAGCAGUAUCCCGGGGGUACACCACAGGCCCAGUACCCUCGGGAGGCGCCCUUGGGGGCAUAUUCGGGAGGGCCUCCUCCACAGGGCGGCUAUCCGGGUGGACCACCGCCACAGGGUGGUUAUCCUGGUGGACCUCCGGCCCAGGGCGGUUAUCCUGGUGGACAUCCGGCCCAGGGCGGUUAUCCGGGUGGGCCGCCUCCGCAAACUGGAUAUCCGGGUGGUCCCCCUCAACAGGGUGGUUAUCCAGGUGGAGGCCCCCCUCAAGGUGGCUACCCACCCCAUGGAGGUGCCGGGCAGCCUCCACAACAAGGAGACGCCCCAAUGCCUCAGUGGAAGGGGGAAAUUCCAGACCAAGACGUUGACGACAACCCAAACGCUGCCGCUACCGCCCCAUCCGCACCGCCCCUCGAGAAGAUGGACGAAGUGGCCGGAUAUUCCAACAUCGGCUUCGAUGGCGCUAUGGCCCCGCCGCCCUCCUACGAGGCCGCUACACGUGAGCCGCCCCAACGGGCGGAAAUACAAGGUCUGCCACAGAUAGAUGAAACCGAGGCUAGGAACGCCCUUCUUCAGCACGUGUCUGAGCACUGUUGCUAUGGUAGCGGUGCCGCCCAGAGUUUACGCUUCACUGAUCUUCAACACUCCAGCGCUUUUCACUACACCCUUGAAACAUUCGGUGAGGCACGAUCAACAGCAUGGGCUUAUGACCCAUAUUCAGGUCAGCCAAUCGACGGCCCACAGAACGGCCCCGCCCCGGGCCCUUGGGACAUCCAAGCCGCCCCUCCUGCCACGUUCCAGAACCAGCAGUCGCAUAUAGAGGUGCCCCACACUGCCUCCGUCAAGCCGUGUCAUAACUGCAUGGCGAUGGGUAGGGUUCGCUGCCACAGGUGCUUUGGUAGAGGCAGGGUUCGAUGCACGAGCUGUGCUGGGCGUGGUCACAAGACGGUGUACAGAAACGGCGAGCACGAACAUGAGCGUUGUCAUUGGUGCCAUGGCGACGGCAGACGAAGAUGCUGCACGUGUCACGGAUUCGGAAUGGUCACAUGUGCAUGUUGCCAGGGACACUGCAGCCUAAAAUGCUACAUCAAGCUAACUAUCACAUGGACUAACCACCUGACGGACCACAUCGUUGAGCGGACGGCACUUCCGGACCACCUGAUUCGUAACGUGGCAGGACGGGUGGCCUUUACAGAGACUCAACAGAGGGUGUGGCCGAUUAACCACUUCCCGGACGCGGAGAUCAACAAUGCUUCAAACAGGCUGGUGAACCAACACGCCACCGCCUUCCCGUCGGAGAGGCUACUGAUGCAGCGCCACCAAGUGCGUAUCGUGCCGGUGACCCAAGCGAUGUACAAAUGGAAGGACACAAACUCGGACUACUUCGUGUACGGAUUUGAGAAGAAAGUCUACGCCCCGAACUACCCCCAGCAAUGCUGUUGUGGAUGUACCGUGCUGUGAACCACGCCCCAGUGGAGAAGAGGGGUUGGGUGGGGUGUGAUUGUGGGGGCAGAUAGAUACCCAUAUAAACCUUAAGCAUUACAUGCAUAAGUAUUUUAUUUUAUUGGGACAAUUCAAUUACAUUAACUUGAUUGUCUAAUAUAAAAUUUGUGUUUUUUCGUCAUUACCAUGCAGAUAUCAUAAAACUAAUAACAGUUAUAUACCAUAACAAAAAAAGUAUACUAAAACAAAAAUAGUUUGCUUAGUUUGAUCUGGUUAUAAGGAACUUAAAAUUGUUCGGAAAAGGGGGCCAGGAAUUAAAGUAUUGUGUUUCCUCCAUGUGUGACUUUGGCCUGUACAGACAUGUAUACAAUGUACAUGAACAUAACAUACGGUAAUAACCUGUUAAACCUUUGCCUGUAAAUAUAUUGAUACCUGUGGUUUAUAGAUAAGAAAUAAAAACAAAAGAGCAAAUCAAAAUAUGAUGUAUAUAUAUUAUACUGUAUGUUAUGUGUACAAUUCAUGAGGUGGAAUUUUGUAAUCUUUAUAUAUAUACAUAUUCAUUUUAAUUCAGUUAAUGCAUUGGAUACUACUGCCUGUAUUUGCCCUUGUUUAUCACAAUAUAAAAAUGUUGAAAUCUUAAAUAUUCGCCACGAAUUGUUCGCAUGUUGUCUGUUGGAUUAAUAGUGCAUGUAGAAAUCUU